AUGGCGCAGCUGCACUGUCGGUGGGUGUGGGGCAGAAAAACAAAUUGCGGAGACUUCAAAUUAUAUUCUCAAUUUGCAACCACCAUGACUGAGAAGAAAGAUACCUCCACUAAUCUGGGAUUGAUUGUAGAUGUUGUCGAGGCGGAUUCCUGGACUAGCUAUGAAACAUCUCGCUGGGCUCGGUUCAAAGACUCUUUUCAACGCCAGGACCCCAAUGAUGUUCAGAUGGACAAAGCUAUUAGCAAAAGACAUUUGCGGCUUAUAGCCAUGUCUACCGGAUUGGGAACUGGAUUAUUGGUUGCUGCUGGAGACAAAUUACGAACGGCUGGUCCACUUUUCUUGUUGAUUGCCUAUGCCAUUGUCGGGUACUUGAUGUUGGUGCCCACCAUGUAUUCUGUUAGUGAAUUAUCGGUGGCAUAUAAUGAAAUUUCUGGAGGUUUCAAUGGAUAUUAUCGGAAAUUUAUGGACGAAAGUAUGGCGUUUGCACUUGGAUGGAACUAUUGUAUUCAAUGGAUGACGGUUAUUUCGUUGGAAUUGGUGACGGCUGCAAUGACCAUCAAAUUUUGGAACACUUCUAUCAACCCGGAUGUAUGGGUAGUGAUCUUUUUGGUGGUGGUGGUGUUGAUAAAUCUUUGUGGAGCUCGUGGAUAUGGAGAAGCCGAGUUCGUUAUGAACCUGUGCAAAGUUCUAAUGUUGUCUGGGUUUGUCAUUUUCGGCAUAAUUAUCGACGUUGGUGGUGGACCCAAUGGAUUUGUUGGAGGAAAAUAUUGGAGAGAACCGGGAGCAUAUACCAAUUUCAAAGGUUUAUGUACGGUUUUUGUCACCUCAGCGUUUUCCCUUGGUGGAACCGAGUUCAUUUCACUCUCAGCUGCCGAGCAGACAAAUCCCCAGCAGGCAAUUCCAGCAGCAUGUAAACUUGUGUUUUACCGAAUCACCAUUCUUUUCAUGGGAUCGUUGGCAAUGGUGGGACUUCUUGUUCCAUAUACUUCUGACCGCUUAAUGGGAAGUGGUGGAGAUGCCACUCACGCCUCGCCAUAUGUCAUAGCCGCAGAAAUGCAUGGAGUUAAAGUUCUUCCUCAUAUUAUCAAUGCGGUGAUUUUGGUAUCGGUGACAUCUGUUGCAACUGCUGGAAUGUACUCUUCCACUCGUUUAUUGCAAUCUUUGGCAGAACAGGGAUACGCUCCUAAGUACCUCGAUUACAUUGACAAAUCAGGAAGACCUUUAAGAUGUUGGUUGGUGACUGUUGCUUCGUCUAUCUUUUCUUUCAUUGCAACAUACCACAAGGAAGAAACCGUCUUCAAUUGGCUUUUAUCCAUUUCUGCUUUGAGUUUCAUAUUCGUUUGGCUCUCUAUAAGUGUGUGCCAUCUUCGGUUUAGAGCUGCUCUCAAGUAUAAUAAUAUACCGUUGGAAUCGUUGGCCUACGUUUCUCCAACAGGUAUAAUUGGUUCAUGGGUAUCGGUUAUAAUCAACUCAUUGAUCUUGGUAUGCCAAUUCUGGGUCGCCCUCUUCCCUGCUGGAGCCUCAAAACCUGACGCUAACUCAUUUUUCCAAAAUUAUCUUGGUGCUAUUGUGUUAUUGGUAUUUUAUAUCGGACACAAGCUCUGGACCAGAAACUGGAAACUAUACAUUAAGGUUCAGGAUAUAAACAUCGACGAAGACAGAACCAUUCCCGAUCACGACAUCCUUGAAAUCGAGGCACUAGAAGCCAAUCAACGCUACAAAAUGGCUCCCUGGUGGAAAAAGAUGUUGAUUGUGCUUUUUGACUAG